AAAAAAAAAAAAAACAGAGAGGAAAGGAGAUAAUGUAUGCUUAUGCCUCAUUAAACUCUCUCUUCUUUCUCACCUUCUUCAUUACAACCUUAAAGGCUUAUGCACAAUUACAAGACCCUAUUUACGUCGGCCAUGUUUGUAGUAACAGGAUAUCAACAAACACUAGUGACAACUCAAAUGUCGGAUCCGUUUUGAUUUCUCUUUCCUCAAACAAUUCUUUCUUCUCCAAUGGAUCAAAUAUUAUCACAGAGGGUCAAAACCAUGACAAAGUAUUCGGAGUAUUUCUCUGCAAAGGAGAUAUCUCGGCGGAAGUUUGCCAUGAGUGCGUUGCAUUUGCUUCUAAGGCCGCUCUGAAACGAUGUCCAGGAGGGAAAGAGUUCUUGAUUCAGUAUGACGAGUGUAUGCUUGGAUACUCGGACCGGAACAUUUUCAUGGAUCCUGAUGCCACAACUGCAAUAAUCACUUGGAGCAAUCAGAAUGUUACGGCCGAGCAAUCUGGCCGGUUCAACGGUGCGGUCGUCUCUCUGUUGAAAAAGUCUGCAGAGGAAGCGGCUAAUAGCAAAACAAGAAAGAAAUUUGCGGUUAAUAAGUCUGAUUUCACUUUGUCCCAAACGCUUUAUGCAUCGGUUCAGUGUAUUCCUGAUCUGACUAGUGAAGACUGCUUAACCUGUCUUCAACAGUCCAUCAAAAAAUUAUAUUUCAACAAAGUCGGUGGAAGGUUUCUUGUCCCGAGUUGUAACUCAAGGUACGAGAUUUACCCUUUCUACAAUGAAACCAUUGAGGGAACUGUUCUUCCUCCCCCGGAUCCGGCUCCUCCACUGCCACCGGUUUCAGCUCCUCCUGGAAAGAGGAAAAAUUCAACAAAGGUAAUCAUAGCAACUGUUGUGGCGGUCGCUAUCUCUGUUCUUCUUUUUGUAGCAGUUUUUAGCUUCUAUGUAACAAAGAGAGUGAAGAAGCCUCAUGAUACAGCAGCUGAAAAGGAUGAACGGGAUGACAUUACAACUGCAGGCUCAUUGCAGUUUGAUUUUAAGGUUGUUGAAGCUGCGACAGAUAAGUUUGCGAUAUGUAACAAACUCGGUCAAGGCGGAUUUGGAGAAGUUUACAAGGGCAUACUUCCUAAUGGAGUACAAGUUGCGGUGAAGAGACUAUCAAAAACAUCAGGACAAGGUGAAAAAGAGUUCAAGAACGAAGUUGUUGUUGUGGCAAAGCUUCAACACAGAAAUCUAGUCAAGCUUCUCGGGUUUUGUUUGGAGAGAGAAGAGAAAAUACUUGUCUACGAGUUUGUGCCUAAUAAAAGCCUUGAUUACUUCUUGUUUGACUCUAAUAAGCAGAGCCAGUUGGAUUGGACUACACGGUAUAGGAUCAUAGGAGGAAUCGCUAGAGGAAUUUUGUAUCUCCAUCAAGAUUCAAGGCUCACAAUCAUACAUCGUGACCUCAAAGCCGGUAACAUCCUCUUAGAUGCUGAUAUGAACCCAAAAGUGGCAGAUUUUGGAAUGGCGAGGAUUUUCGAAUUAGACCAAACUGAAGACAAUACGAGACGAAUAGUUGGAACCUAUGGUUACAUGUCUCCCGAGUAUGCGAUGUAUGGCCAAUUCUCAAUGAAAUCUGAUGUCUAUAGUUUCGGAGUAUUAGUUCUUGAGAUUAUAAGCGGAAGGAAGAACAGCAGCCUCUAUCAGAUGGAUGCUAGUUUCGGAAACUUGGUUACAUAUACUUGGAAGCUAUGGAGCAACGGUUCGCCACUUGAUCUCGUGGAUUCGUCCUUUCGAGAGAAUUACCAAAGCAACGAAAUAAUUAGAUGCAUCCAUAUUGCCUUAUUAUGUGUACAAGAAGAUACUGAAAAUCGUCCAACCAUGUCAGCGAUAGUCCAAAUGCUUACUACUAGCUCGAUCGCCCUAGCUGUACCUCAACCACCAGGAUUUUUCUUCCGGAGUAAUCAUGAACAAGCAGGUCCAUCGAUGGAUAAGUCUUCUCUCUGUUCCAUUGACGCUGCAUCGAUUACUACUUUGGUUCCUCGUUAAAGACAAACUAAAGCAAAAUUAAUUUCAUUUUUGUUUUUGUGUUCAUAUUAGAAUCUAGGAUAAUGUUACUAGAUUUGAGGUCAUACAAUAAAGACUUCCUAGAUCAUUAACUCCAAUGAUAUUGUGUAUAUAUAUACGUCUAAUCCAUAUGUACCCCUCGUUUGAAUGGUCUGAACAUCAAUUUCUAAAUAA